UCUAUCAUCGUGUCAUCACAUAAGCGACUUUAAAACAGAACUCAAGAAGUCUUUCAUUAUUAAAGAAAAAGUCUUAAGGUCUCUCUCUCUCUCAAGCUUCCAGACACAGGCGAUUUGAUGCAGACAACGAUGGGAAAAAAACAUGGCAGAUUGAUCAACAUCUCCGGGCCGUCACCGUUCGAUUCAUUGCCGGUGGACUGCAUCUCCAGCAUUAUCUCCUUCACGUGUCCACGAGACGCAUGCGUCGCUGCUUCUGUUUCGAAAACGUUUGAGUCGGCUGUUAAGUCCGAUACCGUGUGGGAGAAGUUUCUUCCUUCCGAAUAUGCAUCCCUGAUUCCACAGUCGAGAGUUUUCUCUUCCAAGAAGGAGCUUUAUUUCUCUCUCUGCGAUGAUCCUUUUCUCAUCGAAGCUGGCAAAAAGAGCUUCUGGUUAGAGAAAACGACUGGGAAAAGAUGUAUCAUGCUAUCCCCCACGGAAGUGACGAUCAUAUGGGGUACUAGUCCCCAAUAUUGGCGAUGGAUUUCAAUUCCUGAAUCUAGGUUUGAAAAAAUAGCAGAGCUACUAGCUGUAUGUUGGUUUGAGAUUCGUGGCGGGAUGCAUACUCGUUACCUCUCUCCUGGGACUCGUUACUCCGUUUACAUCGUGUUCAAGACAAAGAAAGGAUGUCCUAAUUUGGGAGAUUCGCCGGUAGAUGCAGGAGUUGGGUUGGUUGGACAAGAAUCUUCUCAAAAGUUGAUAUAUUUUGUUGGUCCUCGUGGUCGUGGUCGAAGAAGAGAUGUAACGCGACCAAAGGCCAGGGAAGAUGGGUGGAUGGAAGCUGAACUUGGUGAGUUCUACAAUGAUUCUUGUUGUGAUGAUAUUUCGUUAAGUGUUGUUAAGACCAACACUCCUCAUUGGAAAAGUGGUUUGAUCAUUCAAGGAUUUGAAUUCCGCCCUACGAAACCCCGGUAAAUUGUUAUAUCAUGUUUCUUGUGAUGGAAGAAGACCGUUUGUCUGGUUCAAUGUUUGUUUCAUCUUUUUUUUUUUUGGUCAACAUGUUUGUUUCAUCUUCAUGUUUACAGAAAGUGAAAAGCUUUGUUGUAUGUAAUGUUUCCGAAUCUUCAGGUUUUUGGAUUGUAGUGUUUGAUUUGUUAAUUCUCACAUGAACAAAUUUCAAUAAAGCAAUCGUGUUUUCUUCUAAUCAAAUAUAAUAUUUAUGUGUAGCA